ACCAACCAGUGAGUACAACAUUUGUGAUGAAGACUCUAGUUCUGCUACUUGGCGUCGUGGUGCUGACAAGUGCCAUUGACUUCUCCAACUUGAGAAGACCGGAGGAUUUGGACUCUUUCUGGGACCGGCUUGAUCCGAGUCUGCAGAAAUUUCGUAACACGAAAGCUAUUCCGGACCGCAGAAUAUUAGGAGGCGAUUUAGCCGAACUCGGACAGUUCCCGUACCAAGCGGUAGUAACCGCCUUCUGGCCGAAUGGAAACAACAUUUUUUGCGGAGGUAUCCUGGUUUCGACCAACUUUGUGUUAACUGCUGCCCACUGUGUUAUCAGCGAUAGCCCGGCCAGCUUCGGAACGAUCAUGGUCGGAGCUCAGAACCGACAGCAGCAAGAGCCUAGUCAGCAGAACAGUGAAUUCGGUACGAUAACCCCCCAUCCGAACUACGUGGCCUCGUUGCUGCGCAAUGACAUCGCGAUUAUCUCACUCGCCUCUCCCGUUGUGUUCACCGAGUUUGUUCAACCUGCUGUUCUUCCGGCCCUAUCGGAUACCCGGACAUUCGCCGGAUUGACCGGUACCGUUUCUGGUUUUGGACGUACAUCGAACACCGCCGGAUCACCGGUUUCCAACCAGCUCUGGUUCACUAGCAAUCCAAUCAUGUCCAAUGCCGACUGUCAAGCCAUCUGGGGAACGACUUGGGUUACGGAACAAAAUAUCUGCAUGAGUCAGGAAGGCGGCCGCACCAUAUGCCAUGGUGAUUCCGGUGGCCCACUGACCGUUGCGGAAGACGGAGGAUCCUUGGUCGUUGGAAUGGUUUCAUUCCUUCACGUUAGUGGAUGUAUUUCCGACUUCCCGCCCGGUUUUGUCCGCAUGUCUCACUACCUGGAAUGGAUCGCCGAGGAAACUGAUGCUGACAUACGGGAUUAGACGCUGAUGAUUGAUAGUUUGUAAUCGGAUUUCAUGUAACA